GCAGGAGUUGUCGACUCAUCUGUGUCCUGUGCUGUUGUGAUGGCCAUGGAGUGCGAGCUCUCGUCUGGGUUUCUGUGAACGAUUUAAUGGUUCGGAUUGGAGUCUGAGAUGUGUGGGUUCUUUCAUUAUUGGGGUCAAUGGGGAUGCGAGGUUCGAGAAUUUGAUUGCAAGCAGCAGCAGCAGGAGGAGGAGUAGGAGGAGAAAGAGGAGGUAGUGGUGGUGGUAGAUGUGCAAUGAAGAGUAGGAGGUGAGAUUGGAGAUGCACAAACCUUGGGUUAGAUGUGUGGACGAUGUGUGGGUUUGGUGAUGGAAAAUGGAGUUAGAUUCGUCACUCGGAGGCCGUGGAGGUAGCUUAGGGCUUGUGAGUCGAUUCCUUGUGUCGGGUGUAAGGAAUUGAGUCUUUGCUGGGUUCUUACUUAGGUCAAGGCAACGCUCUUCUGCGGGUCCCUGUCUCACUGGUUGACAGCGAAGACAAAGAAUCCCUGCGCGUUAAUUUAUCUGGCGUACGUACUUAUUGUCAAGGGAGCAGAUAGAAAAAGUUUGAGAAUUAUACCAGCAGCAUCUGAACUACAUUGAGAUAAGAAUUCGUUUAUGUCACACUAUGCCGAGUAUGGCAUUGACAAUGUUAUCCUCAGGUGCAGUGGCGGGGUUGGAUACCCAUCCUUUCACUGGCGUGUGUACAGCAGCUCAGGGUCGAUACCAUAAUCGUCUAUUACGUGUGUCGAAUCAGUCAGUUGUGCAAGAAACUCUUCUUCACAAGUCGCUCGUAGUGAAUGCAUCUACAAGUAAACCAGGGAAGAGUUUUGGAUCAGACAGACACUGGAGGCGAAGUCUCGGAAGUGGCAGCAAACGUGGAGUCUGCAGAUGUGCGGGGUCUGAAAACAUCGAUAAAAAUGGUAGCAACUAUGACGAGGAAAAGAACGAGAAAAGCAAUGACGGAAUUCCUGGGACUUCCGGCAGUGGAAAUAAACCACAGCAGAAGAAACCGCAAGCAACUGUGAAGACGGGAAAUCCACUACGGGAGAUGAUUGCCACAGCCGGACAACGUUUGCAAGACUAUCUUGAGAGUUACAAGCAGAAGAAGGGGAUUCAGGACGAAAAGACUGCAGUCUUGAAUACACUGGCCAAGGACGAAACUGCCUGGGAGAAAAUACAACAAUUAUUCUCUGAAGUUGAUGAGCGUCAAAACAUGGUCCAAAAGUUGCAGCUUCAAAUUGAAGAGGCAAUCAACUUGGAGGAUUUUGAGAAAGCUGGGCGUAUCAAGAAAAAAUUGGCUGCCGUGAAAUCCGAGGACCUGGUCGCAGGUGCCAUGAGUGAUUAUAAGAAUGCAUUGGAGGAAGAAAGAUACAGAGAUGCUGCUUAUUUACGUGACGAGGCUGGUGUUGGUCUUGUGGGUUGGUGGGCUGGUAUGUCUGAAGACGAUAAGGAUCCGUAUGGACGUAUCAUCAAUAUUUCUCCUUCAGAAGGCAGGUUUAUUGCAAAAGGUUUCAGUGCCAGGCAACUUGCUUUGGCAACAGCAGGCGUCCCUUUAUUUGAGGUGUAUGUCACAAAGGAUGAAGUUAAUAAGUAUCAGCAGCAUGCUGUGUAUCUUCAAAGAGAUGCAAAUGGUGCUGCGGUGUCAAUAGUGGGGCUCAGCAAAGACGUUUUCGAUUUUGAGGACAUGUUAGGGGAAGCUAACAAGGAUGUGCAAGUGAGUGGUAAUGAUAUGCUUGAUUUUUCAAGUGUAAUGGGAGAAUCCAGCAGAAAUCUGCAUCUGAAAUUGGAUUUAAUGGAGGAUAUCUUGAAGGAGGACCAUAAGGAGGUUUUUGACAAAAUGAAAGAAGUUCUUAAAAAGGAUGGUGAAAAUGUUUCAAUAGAAGGUCUUAAAAAGAUCCUUGAUUUUCUGGAAGAUCGGAUGCCGGAUGUCAAAAUGAAAGUUUUUCAGGUAAUAGUAAACGGAAAAAUAGAAGCUGAUUUGCCAAGUAUCGUUGAGCAGUUGAUGGAGGAUGCAGAAGAUGAGCUUCUCAGAGACGAAGAAUUGGCUGGUGCCGGUAACAGCAAUUCUGGUCUGCAGUUUAUCCAGUCUGUGGAUGGAUUACCACCUGUAGGCAGCUUCUCUUUGCCAACAAAUGGCAGAUCUGGGUUGGUAGAAGUAGGAGCUUUAGGGGGUGAUUUUCAUCGUAGGGCGCUGCAUCGUGUGUCUGCCAACAUUGAGCGGAGGAACAAGGACAACUUUGUUUUUUACAUCGCUGAAUCCAAAUUGCUAACUACCUUGGAGGAUACGGAUUCAGUCGUAACAAUGGUACCUGGCGUUAAAGAAUUCUCUGUUGAUACCAGGCCUCUUGAUCCAGUUGAAGAGUUUCUGCAGAGUUUAGGCAAAUCUCUGAAAACGGAUCCCGAGGACUCGGAGGAGAGCGAUACUGUCGAGAUGGAGAUAUCAAGCAAAGAUUUGGAAGAGCUUCUAGACGAAGCCGUCACUAAGGCUCGAAAUCGGCGGGGUUUGUUUAAAAGUACCGUGUUUCGGCGAAUCAACGUAUCGGAUGCAGGCAAUGAUCCAUUUUCUGGGUUGUACAUUGGAUCUUUGGGACCCCACUCUGCAGAGGUAGUGCAACUUCAACGAAAGUUUGGCAAUUGGCAGACCACUGAUACCUUUUCUACUGCUCAAGAAUGGGAAUGUUUUGAGUAUGUUGAAGCUGUAAAGUUGACCGGCGAUGUGAAUGUGCCUGCUGGCCAGGUUUCUUUCCGUGCUAAAGUUGGGAAAGGCAGCCGAUUGCCGCAUAGGGGAGUUUAUCCGGAGGAGCUUGGUGUGACGGCAAGGUACAAAGGACAGGCUAGGAUGGCUGAACCAGGUUUUAAAAAUCCUCAAUGGGUGGAUGGUGAACUCGUACUUUUAAAUGGCAAGGGAGGCCCGACAAGUGGUGCUGAGCUUGGUUUUGUCUGUUUAGGACCAGGAAGUCAUUUUCUAGUGUUGUUUGGGAGACUGAAGCUGAAAGAUCGAUUGAUUUCAUAACGGGACUAAUAAUUUGACAGUAUAUGGUAGCAUCCCACGCUCCAUUCCUCGCAUCAAAAUGUGAAAGCUUCACAAUCAACUCAAAUAACCUCAACAUGGAGCAUUCUGCAGAAACUAAUUUUUAGUAAAGGAGGUUUGCAGCUUAACAUAUUCCAUUUUUCUCCACGUUGUUUAUCCGAUCGACAGCACCUUCACGGGAAAGUUUUACUUAAUGUUUGAAACAGGAAAUAUUAGCUUUAUGCGAGCGGUAGCUUGAUGUGGAACGUAGUGACGCAGUAUAAUUGCCAGCGAACCACUGCUGGAAGUGAAGAUUUCAUUGUCGACAGAGACAGGAAGUCCGGAAGUUCCCCAUUUAGUUAACUGGCUUUGGUUUUCCUGCUACCUUCAACUGUAUAUUAAACAGAGAUGUCGCUCUUGCUUGGCAAUGAGGCAUUGUUGUGAAAGAUCAAAGAAUUUUGUGGCAUUUUUUAUUGCCACAAAAAGAGUGUAUUUUUUAUUUUUUAAUUUUUUUUCUUUCAA